AUGACUUCAAAAUUAUCGGUUGAAGUUUUUGUUUUCGCUUAUAUUAACAAUAUUGUCGUGUUGUCGGCAUACUCUUUAUUACUAAACAAGCGUUCUAAUCUUGAAAAAUCUUCUGGAAACAAUAACGAUGAAUCAAGCCUCACUUUUAGGAAUUCUAAUACGAUAGAAAGUUUACAAAUUCAAAAAGACUUGAAAACCUUUGACGAAGGGUUACGCAAACGGAACGAAUCUGUUUCGAUUGUCGGUAUAAGUUGUCGUUUUGCGAAAGGCGUGAAUUCUAAAGAUGCGUUUUGGGAUUUGCUUGUCGGAGGUGGUUGCGUCAUCGGUUCGUACCCAGAGAACAGACUCGAAGCUUUGGCGUUGAAACGUUUUUAUAACCCCGCGCGGCAAGUCCCAGGAAAACACUAUACCCUAAAAGGCGCAUUUUUGGACGAAAUCGCCGGAUUCGACGCACAGUUUUUCGGCAUUUCUCCGGCAGAAUGUCGCGCGAUGGACCCCCAGCAGAGACUGUUGCUUCAAAGCGUUUACGAAGCGAUAGAAGACGCGGGCUCACGGCUCGAGGACUUACAAAAAUGUCGAACCGGAGUUUAUGUAGGACUUAUGAACUUAGACUACGGGCGGCUACUUCUGGAUGACGGAAACGUGCAGAAUAUUGAUGAGUUUGCGUCAACUGGGAUCACUGCAUCAACGGCAGCCAAUCGGAUUUCAUUCUCGCUGAAUUUAAACGGUCCAAGUUUAACGGUCGAUACGGCAUGCUCGUCUUCGUUGAGUGCUCUAAAUAUAGCAGUGACGCAUUUAAAAGCACGCGAAUGUGAUGUGGCGAUCGUCUGCGCGCCGAAUUUAAUUCUAGCGCGAUAUUUUCACACGGCGUGUUGUCGAACUGGACUGCUCGCCGAGGACGGACGAUGCAAAAGUUUCGACGCGAAGGGAGACGGUUAUGGCCGCGGGGAAGGAAUCGCUGUGGUGGUUUUAAAGCCAACGCAUACAGCUCUACUAGACAACGACAAGCCUUACGCUCAGAUUCUUGCAUGCGGAUUGAAUAACGAUGGUCAGACAGCCAUCCCAAUGACCGCACCCAGCGACAAAAUGCAAGCCGAGUUAGCAAGGAGAGUCUUAAAAGAAUCCGGACUUCGUAAAACUGAUAUUCAGUAUGUGGAAACACACGGGACGGGGACGGCGAUCGGGGAUGUCGUCGAGAUGCGAUCCGUUUCCGAAGUCUACGCGAACACCUCUUCGCGUGUACUUCGUAUAGGUUCGGUGAAAUCGAAUAUUAAUCACACAGAAUCGGCCGCUGGGCUGGCCGGGCUUAUUAAAGUGUGUCUUAUGAUAAAAAAUGGUUAUUUUGUCCCCACGGUGAAUAUCCAAGAGCAAAAACCGCAGUUGAAAAUCGCCGAAAGAAAGAUGAUUGUUCAAACCAAACUUGAGCCUUGGUCGGCGAUCGACGAUAAGCCAAAGACAGCGGCUGUCUGUUCCUAUGGUUACGGUGGCGCAAAUGCCCACGUCAUCGUUCAAGAGGUCCAAUCAACGCAAAGUACGGAAAGUUGCCCGCGAAGACGAGAGGCGUGGGUGUUGACGUUGUCUGCCCGUUCUCGCGAGGCUUUGAGAAUAAUGGCUGAACGGUUUUCAGACUGGCUAGAGCAAAAACCGGACGAUGACUGUAUUUUGAAAGAGGAUAUAUGUUAUACCCUUAACAACAGACGAAGUGUGCUCUCUCAUAGACUUGCUCUGAGUUUCAGCUCAUUCAAACAGGCAGCGAACUUACUAAAACUCUUCUCUAAGGACAGUCCUGGUUGGCAGAAAUUUAUUGCCGUGAACGACAAUCCUACAUCGGUUAAGAAACUGGCUUUUAUAUACGGCGGGCAAGGAAACUGUUGGUAUGCUAUGGCGUCGAAGUUGAUGAAAAAUGAGAAAAGGUUUCAAGAAAGUAUCCAGCAGAUUGAUGAGAUUUUGGCAAAACUUCAAAUUCCUUGGCGUCUCAUGGAAACGUUGGGAAAAAGUGAGUUGGCGAGUUCCCAAAUAGAAGGAAAUCCCAUCGCUCAGAUGGCCCUGUUUGGCGUGCAUUAUGGUAUGACUCAGCUACUCAAAUCCUGGGGUAUAACUCCCUCAGCGGUUGUCGGUCAUAGUUUGGGGGAAAUAUCCGCAGCAUGUGCAGCCCACGUGAUCAGUUUAGAAGAAGCAGUCCAGUUGAUUGUACUUCGUGCAGGACUCCAAGAGAACUGUUCUACCACAGGGCGGAUGAUGGCCGUUGGGAUGUCUCCAGAGACUGCCAAAGAGGUGAUUAGGAGUCUUUGCCUGGUAACUAGUGUUAGCGUGGCUGCGGUGAACAGUCCAGUUAACGUGGUUUUGUCUGGAGAUCAGCAAGCCAUGCACGUCGUUGAAGAUUAUCUACAGAGGAAUCAUGGCGAGGUGUUUUGCAAGAGGCUGGGAACCACCCGGGCUUUCCACAGUCAGGACAUGGAUUCCAUCAAAGAAGAGUUCAUGGAAGAAAUUGAUCGCUUGGAACUUUGUCCAGGUAUGAAAUAACCUUGCAGUCAAUCAACCAAUCCUGAAACAAUAGCCGAAUUCACAUUAGAGACGGGACUCACUCGUUUCAGACAAUUAGACUGGAAACUCAUAAAUCCAGCAACAGACUAGUUUUCCGUCUCAAUUUUUUCGUCUAACUUUCCCUUCCAAACAGACGGGAAAGUUAAACGGGAAUCCCAUCCGUCUAGACGAGAAACUUAUCUUGAAUUUCCAUUCAGACGAUGUUUGAAUUUUUUUAAACCAGGUCGAGUAAGGAUACCAUUCUACUCCACAGUUGCUGGAACCCAGAUCUCUUACCUUUCUCCCGGUCAUUGGUGGAAGAAUAUACGUGAGCCCGUGUUAUUCAGUUCAGCUGUUCACAACAUGAUAUCAGAUGGGUAUAAAAUGUUUGUUGAAAUAAACGCUGCACCCCAGUUUCCUCGAUAUAUGCAGGUAAUUAAAAUAUCAUGUUCAUUAACAGUAAAAUAAUUUCUUGACAAGCCCUGACGGGGAUGUGAAUAUGUAUUCUUUAUAACAAUUACAUUGACAAUAGACCUUUCCCCUUAUAACCAAAAUUUUGAUCUAGGCAAGUCUAGACAAAUAUUUCAUCACAGCUUGAAAGAGCAUCACAAAAUUAGUAAUAUUCCAAAGUUUCGUUGCGAAAUGUUGUAAAAUGAGGAAAAUACAUCCUUGCGAAGUUUGCAAUUUUCAGUCAUUUUGCAUUACAAACGGGAAAUUGCAGCCCCAACACCCGAAUCGUAUGUCAAUUUCCCGUUUGUAAUACAAAAUGACUGAAAAGCGGAAAACUUCGCAAGGCUAUAUUAUCCGCAUUUUACAAGAUUUUGCAACAAAACUUUGGAAUAUUACUAAUUUUGUAAUGCUCUUUCAAGCUGUGAUGAAAUUUUUGUCUAGAUCGAAAUUUUAGUUAUAAGGGGAAAGGUCCAUUACAAAGCAAGAACAACAACAGUAACAGUAACAACAGCAACAUCAAUGACAACGACAGCAACAACAACAACAACAACAACAACAACAACAACAACAACAACAACAACAACAACAACAACAACGACGACGACGACGACGACAACAACAACAACAACAACAACAACAAUCUUUUUCUUCAUUACAGGAAAUUUCUGCUCAGUUUCAAUCAGAAAGGACUACAGAACAACAAACAGAAGUCCUUAUCGAAACGUUACCCAAAAGAUCAGAAACAGACCGUUAUUUAUCGUUUCUCCGUAACUGUCCUGCAACACUUUAUACACAAGGCUUUCCGAUCGCAUGGGACAAAAUUCAGGGGUGUGGAAAUAGGACGUUUAUCCGUUGUCCGAGCUACCCAUGGCAAGAACGAAAGUACUGGUAUCGAGAAUGUGAACCAGCCGAGCAUGUUGGACCGUUGGCAAGUAACACUGAUUUACCUGCAGUCCUGAAUACACCCGAAAAGUUGAAUAUCGGGAGUACCACCUUAGGCUUAACCCAUCCACUGUUAGGAAAGGUCGUUGCGACAAAUGCAUACUCGGGACUGCACGCCUGGUCUUCGGAAAUCGACGUGUUUACCCUUUCAUACUUGAAAGACCACAAAUUUCAAAGUUCGGAAGACGCCGUAAUUCCAGGAGCUAUGUACGUCGAAAUGGGCUUGGCACUAGCAUUGCACAUGUUCCCGGAUGUGCUGCCGCGGUUACAUGACGUCACGUUCGACAAUCUCCUUACCCUCUCCACCAAUGAGAUUGCCCGAUUCUGUAUUCGGUUAGAUACGACAGGAAGGCCUGGUGCGAGACAUGGUUAUGACAUAACGACCGUGGAAGGGAAUGGGAACGAGAUUUUGGUUUCCAAAGGGAUGGUGUCGUUUGAUGAAACACUUCACCACUGCAAGAAAGGUAAGAUAUUUUGGUGAAUGAAUAUCAUAAGUUCGUUCUUGAUUCGAAAACUUCCAUAGGUCCAAGGAAUGUGGUCGCAUUCCUAAAUGUUUUGAUACGAAAACAAGACACGUUUUUCAGGCGAGAGGAAUUAAUAUUAGCAUCCGUGGUUAUCGUAAUCGCACAGCCAGAAGAGGGAAGACCACAGGCCCCAUAUCAAGUGUAUGGUAGCGUAAUUUUUUUACUUGUCUUCGACACUGGGUUCAUUUCAAAUCCGACGCAGUUGUUUUCAAACGGCAUCUCAUUUGGUAGUUUGUAAUGUAUUUGCUUGAAUUUCUUUGUUUUUAGUGACGUGUGGAGCAUCAAAUUCCGCCAAAAUCGCCAACAUAAAAUCACGUCUUUUCAAAGAACCCCUAGACGUUUUCAAUGCAGAAAGAGUGAAAAGACGUUUCGCCUACGGUCCUCAGUUUUCACUGAUCACGGAAAGCUGGUGUUCAGAGACUGAAGCGCUGUGUUCUGUCGUUCUGACCGAGGAGAUCUGUUCAUCUCUAGCUUCGUAUGUUGUCCAUCCCGCCAUCAUCGACGCUUGUUUCCAAAGUCUCUUCUUACUCAAGAAUUCCGUGGAGAAACCUGUACCCUACGGUGCUGCUGACAUCAGGAUGCAUCACAGGAAUUUCACUGAAGUGAUGUAUUGUCACGUGAUCAGUCACGUGGACAAUCACUUGAACAGUCACAUGCACAAUCACGUGGACAGUCACGUGGACAAUCAUGUGAACGGUCUCGUGGAUAAUCUCACGAAAGAACACGCGACAAACCCUGACUCCACCCAAGAGCACAUAUGUAACAUAGUGCUUAUGGAUUGUCAUGGAAACGUGGUGCUUCUUAUCAAGGAAUUCAAAAUGGUGGAUUUAUCAAAUUUACAGCCAACGUCAACCUUAGACGAUGUUGCUUACCAGAUUCAAUGGCAACACGAGACAGCCGAGACGGGAGUAAGCAUUGAAAACAAAGUAUGGCUUAUUAUUCCGGAUCAUUGUGGAUUCUCAGAGAUGUUUACCACCGUUCUUCCAAAGGAGGACCCAACAUUUGUAUUUGAAUUUCCCGAAAAGUCGUCCUUAUUCGAGAACACAUUCUUGGAAAUGUUUGAAAAAGCAAUGGAGGUGUUUGAAGCUGGAGGCUACAAGAAAGUUUGUAUCGUUAGUUUCCUACCGGUUGACAACCAUUCCUUGCUUCCAGAUUGGAGGAACUUUCAGCAAGCUCAUUACCAAGCAUUUGAGAGUUCUUUAUUAAUGCUUCAACGUGUUUUAGUUUCAGAACAUUCUGAAAGCAUUCAAUUUGUCUUGGUUACAUGCGCAUCAAUUGCUCUUGGCAUAAACCACGAUGAUAACCCUGCUUUUCCUUGGUCGAGUAGCCUGCUUGGUUUCCGACGAACACUUGCCGAGGAACUUACUUCGCCCAAGACAACCAUCAUUGAUUUGCCAAAAAAUCCAAGUGGCGCUGAUUUUCAUCUAAUGCUGAACGACCUCCAGGGACCGAAAAUUGCUGAAGAAAUUGUGUAUCGUGACGGAUUGAGAUACCUUAAUCAAAUUAAACGUUUGGAGAAUGCUAGUAUUACCUCCACAACGACUUCGGCGAAUGAGGCUAGCUCGACGAUAAUACCAGGAACAAACCCUGGCGAUCAAAGUUAUGGAGAUGAAAUUAGUCCCAAUGAAGUUUCUCUACAAGCAUUCAAGUUAUCCUUCGCGUCCGGUCAGGUCAGUCUUGUUGAAACGAAAAGAUCAAGUCCUUUGAACAACCGCGUUGAAAUGAAAGUGCUUCAAGCUUGUCCUUUUCUUAAACGAAUUUGGUCAACACCUUCUGAUAAAGCGGCUGUGUGCGGCCAACUGACAGAAGAGUAUCAAAAUUUUCCUGCUGGUGAAUUAGUGCUGACUGUCUGUGAUGUUUCAACGCUUGGAAACUACAUAACAGUGGAAGGGAAGUCCCUGAUAAAACUCGGAAGAAAUCUCACUGGACAAGAAGCUGCUGCGUUAGCCAUUCCAAUGGCUUUGUCAUUUUAUAUCCUUCAGGAACUCGUUUGUGACUGUGAUGGAAAGAAGAUACUAGUUUAUGCCGAGGAAGAUUUGUAUGCCUGUAUUUUUGCAAGUGUGGCGUCAGCUCUUGGUGCAUGUGCAGUGUGUGUGGCGGGAACGACUCAUCGGGACAAGUCUCAGUUUUCGGGUUUUGGGAUUACGCAUGUUGUCACGGAAUGUGAACUGCUUUUUGGGGAUGGUCAAAUCAAUGCUGAAAUCACAUGCGACCUUGCCUGCUUCCUGAAUAGGCCAAGUUCAGGUUUAAUUCAACACGUAGUGAAGCAUCUACGAGACGAAGGCAAAGUUAUCUCGAUAGUUAACAACCCAUUUGAUGGCUACCAUGUGUGCGUAUGUGGAAAUAUAAGUUUCCUGAGCGCAGAACUGGACGAAAUUACAAAUAAUGCAACGAGAUUUGAACAGCUUCUUACAGAUUGUAUUGAACUGCUCUCCGACAAAGGCUAUCUUGCCAAAUUAAAAGAAUUGCCCCGCCAUUCCACUCCAAUUUAUGAUAUGGUCUCAAAUUCACACGAAAAAGACGCUAAUAACUUGACCAACGAAUCUAGCUCUACCAACACCCUAGCACUGUCGAAAAUUUCGUUCGAAUGCGAGAAUGCGCGAGGAGAAUUCAUGUUUUCAAAACCGCCAUUUGACCCAAAAUGUUUAAAAGAAGACAAAAGUUAUUUGGUCGUUGGUGGAGUCCGCGGGUUCGGUUUCGAGCUUGUCCGUUGGCUGCUUCAAAAUGGCGCGAAAACUAUAAUCUGUACGGCGAGGUCGGCUCCGAGCGAAUCCAAGAUGGCGGAAGUCACGAGGCUCGAGCAAGAGACUGGGGCGAGAAUUCUUCUUCGGCAAGCGGAUGUGACGUCAUGGCAAGACAUGUUGGUGAUCGUGAGGGAACUUGAGGGUCUUCCAAGACUCGCGGGGAUCGUGUUUACGGCCAUGGUUCUUGAGGAUCAGAGGAUCAAAGACGCCGACCUCGAAACCUGCGCGCGUGUCGUGGCUACGAAAGUUCAAGGUAACGUAAUUUUUGUAUUUUAUCUGUAGUCAAAAUCUCCUUACCGACACCUCUCUGAUGCAGACAUCUCUCUAAUAUGAAUACCUUUCUAGUACGGACACCUCUCUAAUACACACAUAUCUUUAAUAUGAGCACCUCUCUAAUACAGACAUCUCUCUAAUACGAAUACCUCUCUAAAACGGACAUCUCUCUAAUACGAACACCUCUCUAAAGCGGACACCUCUCUAUUACGGAUACCUCUCUAAUACAGACACCUCUAUAAUACGAAUACUGCACUAAUAAGGACAUCUCUCUAAUAAGGACAUUAUUAUGACUCUAAUUAUUAAAAUUUCCUUCUAUUUUCAGGAAGUGUUAUUCUUCAUCAAUUAAGCCUGAACUUUCACCUGGAUUUCUUCAUAAUGUUUUCUUCCAUCACUGGUAUCAUAGGCAAUAUCGGUCAGCUCGCGUAUUCCGCAGCUAACACCUUCCUCGAUUCCUUAUGUGAAUAUCGCCGUAAUAAGCUUGGGUUACCCGCGCUAUCUGUGGCAUGGGGUACUAUGGGUGGUGCAGGGAUAUUGGAGAGAUCAAAGGAUAUCGCGAGCUUGUUUCAGAGCUACGGCUUUCGUAUGAUGUCAUGUAAGCAAGGUAGGGACAUGUGAUCGUCUGUCCUUGCAUAGUUUGCAUUUCUUCUUCUAUAAGGGAAUCCUUCCUGUACUUCUAGGGGGAACAGUUUAGAACUGAUAGAGCUAUUCAGUAUGAAUGAAGUUAGUUUAGUAACCAAUAACGGAUGACUCUUACUAGAGCUCUAGGGAAAACAGUUUAGAACUGACAGAGCAAUGAAUGAUUCCAGCGAAACACGAAAUUUUGAUCUGACAAGAAGAACGAAUCCAUUACCAUAGCUGGAAAGAGCAUCGUAAAAUGAGUAAAUAUGCAAAGUUUGGUUGGUUUUUACCGUGCGUAAUACAAAUAUAUACAAAAUUUGCGAACUUCACAGGGCUAUAUUUUCUUCAUUUUACAACAAUUACCAACCAAUCUUCGCAGUUUUACUCAUUCUAAGACGCUCUUUCUAGCUGUGGUGUUGGAUUUCGUUCUUCUCGCCCUGAUCAAAAUUUAGUCUGUAGCUGGAAUGAGCCAUUAAAUGAAGUUAGUAUUGUUUUGGUUUUCCCGUGUGGUAUAAGUCACCACGAAAGAUAAUACCAAACCUCUAAGAAGAACAGUUUAGAGCUGAUAGAGCUACCCUGUAUAUAAUCAUGAACUGUCUGUGUCAGUGUAGGUAGUGCCAAUAAUAUAAACAAGCUUUCGUUGGUUGGGAUGCAACUAUCUGAAAAAUAUAAGGAGAAUUUCGACGUGUCGAGCGAAGGGCAUUCGUCUGGAGUUACUGGUAUAUACUACUAUAUGAAGUUAAUUUUUUAAUCCACUUUGUUACACAGGACUCAAGUGUCUGGAACAGUUCCUCAUCCAGCAUCCUGACAAAUCACAGAUCAUUAUUUGCGACAUUGAUUGGUCAACCUAUCUCAAGAGCUCAGCAUAUAUCCUACACAGAUCACCUAGGCUUCAAUAUCUAAAUGAGGAAACACGCAUGCUUAAUAAACCCAAUGCCGUCGCGAAUAGUAUGACGUUAGAACAACUUGCUUACCUCGACCCAGGACAACGACGGAAGACCGUGGAAGACUUUAUCAGGAGGUUGCUGUCCACGUGGACAGAAGCUGAUUGUCACGAGGUUGAUUUGAACCUGGCACUGUAUAGAUAUGGUGUUGAUUCUAUUGGUGCAGCAAAUAUGAGCCUGCAAACACGGAAUGGUAUUGGAGCGAUUUUUGAGGUAGAGUGGGAAUACAGACAGUUCGCUAAUUGACCACUUGCGCAAUAGACUAAAUUUUGAUCUAGACAAAAAUUUCAUCACAGCUUGAAAGAGCAUCACAAAAUUAGUAAUAUUCCAAAGUUUCAUUGCGAAAUAUUGUAAAAUGCGGAUAAUAUAGCCUUGCGAAGUUUGCCGUUUUUCAGUCAUUUUAGAUUACAAACAGGAAAUUGACAGCGCAAUACCCUUUGGGGCUUUGUAAUCUAAAAUGACUGAAAAUUGCAAACUUCGCAAGGCUAUAUUAUCCGCAUUUUACAACAUUUCGCAACGAAACUUUGGAAUAUUACUAAUUUUGUGAUGCUCUUUCAAGCUGUGAAAUUUGUGUCUAGACUUGUUUAGAUCAAAAUUUAGUCUAUUACGCAAAUGGUCAAUUAUCAAUGCAAGAUUUUGGGUUUACUCAUUUAUUAAAUCUAAUCAGGAACAGUUGCGAAAAAUGCAACUAUAGCCCAGGUAGGAAUCGAAACUGCGGCCCUGUGAUUCCGGUGCAGUGCUCCAACCAACUGAGCUACAGAGGCCAGUUGUCGAGCUCUAACCACAAGUUCAUGUAUAUAACUAAGGUGCCUAAGGUGGUAUAUCACUAUCGUAAUAAUUAAUACGUUAGAGAUAUUCUUUCCUAGAUUAAACAUUCUAACAUAAUGUGUCUUUCAUUAAUGUCUUUCUUCUGUUUUCAUUCCUUUUCAGAUCUAUUACUUCAUUCAGCCUAAAACAACUGGAAUGAGAAUCAUCAAUGAUACUCUAGAACAAGUUCGUGAUUUCCAGCGUGAUGACCUCAACACAGUCCGUAUGGAAAGCGACUCAUCAAAACUGACAAAAAACUUGGAUGACCAAAACUUGGAUGAUCGUGUUAAGGUGGUUCCACUGUAUGUUCCUGAUGAUGCCUUGGUUAAGGUAUUCAUGAUGCACAGUAGUCAUAAAUCUGCGUUGGCAAAUGCUCCUUUUGCUGCUGGCUUUCGACGUCAGGUAGUGAAACCUCCACCUAGCUUACAUAAAACCUAGCUUACAUAAAACCUAGCUUACUUAAAACGACCGACUAUAGUUUACACUAUCAAAGUUUCUGUGAUCACAGUAGGAAUUUUGCAUAGGUAAAUUGAAGAAUUUGUAAGAAAUGUUUGAAGGAACUGAUUCGGUGUUAAACACUUAUUUACCAAAACAAAAUUCCUACUGUGAUUCAUGCAUAUAUAAUAUGAUAGCGUAAGCCAGUCUUUGGAAAUGGAAUUUGAAGUGGAGUUCAAAAAAGUUCAAGGCGUUGGUGGAUCGGAAUCAGAAUCAGAAUCAAUUUAUUUGCACUUAUUUCUAGCUUACAAAGAUAUUCAUUAUUAAUAUACCAUAUACAUAUAUUUACAUUAAAUUAUAAAACAAAAUAUUUAUGUCACAAGCGAAGAGUGCGUAUUGGCCAAAGGAGCAAACGCUUCGAGUUGGCCACUACCAUUAUGAAGUUAAUAGGAAAAGUGAACGGCACAACUGAUGUAGAAAUAAGUUAUAUUAAAGUGCCUAUGCGACAAUUUUUUUUAUGAUUGAAUAGCAAAGUUCAUUUAAAAUCAUAAUAUAACUUGUUUUCUAAAACUUUGUAUUCUUUCCUGUAUGUCAAGAUUUUCGACUUUGUUUGAUAUACAAAUGUGACUUAAAUGAUGUCACACUUCAUAAUGAGGUUUUAGAAAGAAAACGUUUCCUUGCCAAACAUGUGAUAAUUCCACUGACAUUGAAAGUGAUAUACUUUAAGAGCUAUCAAAGCCAUCAUUUCGUCUGUAAAUUUGAGAUAAUGAGAAUUUUAACAAGCUACAACACAGUCUUCUGUAAAACGCAUUAUGCAGCGUGACGUCUUUAAGUCACAUUUGUAUAUCAAACAAAGUCGAAAAUCUUGACAUACAGGAAAGAUUAAAAAGUUUUAGAAAACAAGUUAUACUAUGAUUUUAAAUGAACUUUGCAAUUCAAUCAUAAACAAAAUUGUCGCAUUGGCACUUUAAAGACAGUUAUGUUGGCAGAGAUAGCGUAAGUCCGGUAGUAUAAAAGAAACGGCAGACCAACGAUAGAGUAGCUGUAGCCUUGUGGUAAUUAUGAUAAGUGACCAUGAGUGAUGCCGGAAAUAGUCCUGUAGAGUAGGGACAAAGAAAAUAUUUAAGAAAAUAUGUGCUCGAAGUGCUAGUUAAGUGAUAUGGUGUUACCUGGCGAUUUAUUUUUUUUGUAUAUUAGGCUUGUCGUUUAUGUAUAUAUUCAGUUUUCGGGACGAAAACAAUAAGUGAAGGGAUAUUGUGGCGUUCAUAUGUGCAUACUGUAUUGAUGUAAAACUUAUAUUAUAGUAAUAGGAUUAAGCGGUAGAGACUUUGCUCUUUCCUGACUAUCUAGAGCUGUUGAUAGGUAAAUGACGUAGUUCCUUAUUUGGGAGAGUCUCCCACGGAGUAUGAUAUAUAAGAUUGUGUUUUAAGUUAAUAAAAGGUUCUCCAUUCUGGCCUUGAUUGCGAGCGCUUGUUGUGUACCAACGCAGCACGUUACACUAAACACACGUUUUAAAUAAAAUAUAAUGUAUGGUGUAUAUUUAUAGAUGGAUUGUGUAAAGAUAGAAUUGUGUUUGAAAAAAACAGCCGGAAGAGGAAAAACACAUUUGAAAGCGAAAUACUCACCACGUCCAAAGGUAUAGGUCGUUUUAAGCUAUAUGAUUUGGACUUUACUUUCUUGACAUUAGUCUGCUAUUUAUGUCAGAACUGCAACGGCUUAUUCAAGGAGAGAGAUGGUGGACCUCCCCCAACGGUCUUCAGACCGUUCUCAUGAAAAGUGCAAAUCCGACAAGAUAUUGGGGGAGGUCAGGUGAGGUUAGCAACAAUCAAGUCCAAUUAAAACUCCCAAGCCGUAGAUAGAUCGCGUUGCAUAAUUAUCUGAUAUUAAACCUGUAUCAGAAUGCUGGAAAUGGCCUUUCAUGCCCUAGAACUCCAAAAUUUUCUAGGAGGAACAUGCCCCCUAACACCAGCUGGUGGUCCGUGGAUUCACCACUGACUGUUCCUCCCUCCAGAAAAUUCCGCCCUGGCUACGCCACUUCAGAUCUGUUCUAAUUCUACACAGGGAUUUGCAUUUACAAAGUAGACAAAAUCAACAAAUAUUUGUAGGAAGAAUUAAGCCUUAGAAGCUAUUUGUUAAUGAGAUAAGUCAGAUAAACACCGUGAACUUCUUUUCAUAACAUUUACAAGCUAUGCUUACAGAAUUCAUUACAAGGCGCAAUAAUUUAGAAUAAUUGAAAACUAUAAGUCACCUACGGAUACCUACACAGGGCUUCAUUUAGCAUAAAUGCCUUCUUCAAUAAGGUUAAGUGUGAAGAUCUUUUCGGAUUUACUAGUGUUGUCUAUGACGUCAUUUAUGCUAGAUAGAGUCCAGUAGUUGUUAAAUUUUAAAUUAGUAGCAUUAACUAUGGUCUAGUUCUUUUUGUUUUGAUAUAUAAUAGACCUUUCCCGAAUUUGCUUGAGUGCACACAAAACAAUAGCAUGUAAUUGAGGCGGGCAAUGCAAACCAUUGUUCUAUAGGCAGUUUACAUUUCCCACCUCAAUUUCAGGCUAUUGUUUUGUGUGUACUCAUGCAAGCAAAUUCGGGAAAGGUCUAUUAAUUUAUGUUACAAUUUUAGCCUGGCUUUGAAGAUUUUGCGCAUCGUACAUGUAUUCCCCUUUUGUGUAAAUGCUUUUCCUUCUAAAAUAAUAGCUAAUAUUGUGUUUUUUUUAUUAGUUUACGUAAUCACGGCACCUGAGGGCGACAGAAUCUAUGACAAAAAGCAUACUUGCUUCUUCUGCCAUAAGGAAUAUUCUAAAAUUGCGCGGCAUCUGGAACAAGUACAUGGAGAAGAGGAAGAAGUUAAAACAGCCCUCAAAUACGACCCAAAUGAUCCCAAGCGGGUAGAACAAUUUGAGAAGUUGUGCCGGAUGGGCAACUUCAAUCAGAACAUGAAGGUUUUAGACAUUAAUGAAGGCGAACUAAAAGUCGUGAGACGCCCCCCUGCAAACGCUAAAGUCAAUCCAAAGGACUACCUUCCAUGUAAGUUUUGCCAUGGCUUCUUUUUGGACAACGAACUGUGGAGGCAUGCUCCAAAAUGCAAAUUUAGAAAUGAGGAAACAGAGUCAUCGUCAAAGCGGAUGAAAUAUGAUGGCAAAUUUAUGCUAGCAGCUGGCCAGUUUCCUUCGGGAUGUACCAAGUUACUAUCGGAAAAAGUUGUUUCCAAAAUGGCAUGUGAUUCCAUAAGUCUAAUUGUACAAAGCGACGAAACUAUUUUGAAACUUGGCGCCCAACUACUGGAAAAGAGAGGAACUGAAAAAGCAACGGAAGUGUCGCAAAAGAUGAGGCUUCUUGGUAGGGUGGUCCAGGAGGGACGUAAAUUGGUUGGUACAAUUGAGGUGACACUGAAGGAACUUUUAAAGCCCGGCCAUUUUGACAAACUGAUAGACUGUGCACGAAAUAUGGCAGGAUUCGAAGAAAAUGAUGGCUCAUCGUCGAAAAAAAGUUUUAAGGCCCCCGGUAUAGCUGUCCACUGUGGAUAUGAGAUAAAGAGGGCAGCAGUGAUUAUACGGUGCCAAGCACUUAGAGAAAUGGACAUGAAGAAAAGGGAUGAAAUCGAUGUCUUCCUACAGUUAUUCGAUGCCGAAUGGCACAACAAAGUGACGACGCCAGCAUUAAACAAUUUAAGCUUAAAGAAGAACAACAAGCCUGAUGUCCUUCCGCUCACCGAUGACCUUCUUGCAGUGAGAAACUACGUCGUAGGAAGAAUUGCUGUUCUCACAGCAACGAAGGAUAACUGGAGAGAGUUGGCAGAGGUCACCCUUUCCAGGAUGAUCAUGUUCAACAAGAGACGAGGUAAAUAUUAUCAUUGUUAGUGAUUGACCGAUAAUCGGUAUUGGUAUCGAACCGAUUUUUGCCUUAUCGGUAGCCAAUCGGCAUCGGUAGUAUCAUAUGUAUUUCCUGAUUGUGUAAAACCGAUUGUUGAGAAUAUUCACACUGUAAAAAGUAUAUACAUCGCGCGUUGAUGCACGCACAACGAGGCAUUGAAUAAAAAUUACAAAUAUAUACCUUUGGACAAUGUUUACAAGAACAUGUUUACCAGUAAUAUACCAACAUUUACCCGAACUUUUAAUCAUUCUAAUUUCUAACUAAAGCCUGUUUGUAGUCUGUUUUAGGCUUUAAUUAAAAAUGUCUAGACAAAUUUUAAAUCCUUGCGUAACCACAUUAAAGAUAAUUAAAUGAAUGACGUCACCUUUAUUCGAUCAACUAAUCAUAUUAUGACUUCAUUAAAAAUCGGUAUCAGGUAAGAGUGAUGCAUGAAUAAUCGGUAAUUCCUGAUUGUCACAGAAUCGGUCAAUCACUAAUCAUUGUUACUCAUUUUACCAAUAUCGGAUGAAACUCAGUGUACUGUCCAAAAUGAUCAAGACUCAAGUCAAUGUUAUCUAUCUAAGCCGAAGGCGGAUAAUAUUGGCCAUAGGCUGAAUUAUUAUGGAUGUUUUGCACGGCCCAGCUUAUUAAUAAAUUCAGCAAAAAGAAUACUUGGUCCCAUGUCAACAUUUAUUUUAGAUUGUACUGUGACCAAAUAUAAUUUCCCUUAUACAGUAGGCUUCGUCCCAAUUGCACGUAAACUAAGAAAUUGAUAUUAUUUGUUCAUUUAAGGGGGUGAAACUGCCAAAAUGACGGUCGAGACAUUUGUAUCACGGCCAAAUUGGAACAAUAUCCACAACAAGGAAAUCUUCCAGUCACUCUCACCAAGUGAGCAGCAACUUUGCAAACGGUAUGUAUAUAAAUUUAAAGGCUAACACAUGUUUUCAUAUUUGAGGAACUAAUUUAGUCUAUUUCUCAAAAUGACGUUUACCUCCAAUGCCACAAUCGUACGUAAAAAUAAUCAUUGGUAGAAAUAAUGAAUUGACAAAAAUUUACCAAACGCAACAAAAUAUGACAGUUACAAAAUGAGAAGUGUGCAGGCUCUUUGACAAUAACGCAACUAAUCACAAGACUUUAUUGAUACAAGUAAAUUGUCUCUAUUUUGUACAUGUCCUAAGCUGAACUUGUUUUUGUUUAAGCUUCGACCUGGUAGAAGUAGUUGGAAAAAAACGACGGAAAGUUCCGGUGAUUUUAACCGAAGAUGUUAAGUGGCUGUCUCAGUAAGAACCAUGCAGAGAGUUUCAGGUUGAAAAUUAGAUUUCCUUUAUAUUUUUACCAUGAACUACCUUUGUCCUAAAAGGUAUUAAACUAUUACUAGAAUUUCUAAAUUUUUCUUUUUUUUUGAGUUAUGACGAAUUUUUGUCUGGACGUCAGCGACAUUGAAUUUGACCCCAGAAUUUUGGAGAAUUUUGGAGAAUUUUGGAGAAUUGGCAGAAUUUUUGUCCUUUCAUGCAAACGAUUCAAUUCAUCGUAUAAAACGAUCUUAGUUGCAUUGACAUUGACUACGGCUGCGACGUAUACUGAGAUCUGUCCUUUAUCUUUACUUUAAUCUAUACAGCAAUAAUAAUAAUUUUACAGUAGUUUGCAGCUAAUUGCCAUUCUGUGAAUAACUUUCAACUUCAAUUGGUAUUUUUCAGCAAAUUUGAUUUGUCUCAUAAUAGUACUUAGUAGUAUAAAUUAUAGCAAUAAAAAAUACAUAACAUCGUAGUUUGCAUGCAGCGUUUUUGGUAUUUGAUUUGGGUUAACGAUACUGUUCCAGGUUCCACACACUCACAGACCAAGAACAAUGACAUCUCUCGACAUGUCCAAGUUAGUCUGGGAGUAUUUGUCCGCACCUGCACAAUUUAGUUAUUUAUUUGGAAACAUGUGCAUUGCCCAAUCAUGGAUGAUAUUUUAUAUAAUCAAUUUAAGCAAAGCUAUGAAUUGCGGUUAAUGGAGUAAUAUGUUCUGAAGGCUCUAUCUGCCUGAGGGUGUUUUCAGUCUGCCAAAGCAUCUGCGUCACAACAAUUAAUCCGUACCAGGUACGUACAAGGUCCAAGUACCUUGGCAGAACAAGGGAACCGUUUUCUAGCCCUGUUAAUAUUACAAAAUAUCUGAUAAAUAUCGAACUUUGGCUGCUAAGCAUGUGAACAACUGAUGCAAACUUGGGAUUAACCAAUCAGAAAUUAUCCUGAAGGUUUUUUCCUUCACGUGCAUACGUACAAUGGCCCCCUCUUUGCGCAAGGACUUUUGAUCGCAAUGUCAACGUGCACUGCUCAUUCGCAAGACUUUAGCCAGUGCGUUAACAUCUCUGGCAAAAUUUUUGGCUAAAAUUUAAGGGACCAAACCUUGGCAAAGAAGUGGAAAUUUAAAAAAAACAACAGACCAAUCUUGGAACAAAUGGCAAAGCAAUGCGCAAGAUCACAAGUCCAAGGACGACGCAGUUUCCCUGAGACGUACAAGAUCCCAUGCAUGCAUGCAGUGUUCCAGAACCAGAAUGUUGCCGCUUGCAAUCCACGUUCUGUGACCUCAAACGGAGUGAAUUCGUUCCAUAUUGUUUAUAUACUUCUCUAAUAUAACGUUCUUGAAUUUACUGCUAUAUUACACUAUUAAUAUAUAACUUUAUCUCGCUCUUCUGCUGUCCAACAUGAGUCACAAUUUGUAUUGUAUUAGUACGCUAUGCAUUCGCGCCUACUCAAGGUUACGUGCUAUCCUAUUAUCUCCAGUUGCAUGCUAUUGCUACUUUGUUUAAUUUAAUACCAUACAAACAAGACACGUAAUUAACUGCAUAUUUAGAUUAAUAUUGUAUGCGAAUUUGUGUCGCAUCCGCUAUUCGCUCAGGCGGGAACUAUUUUGGAAUAUCUUAGGCUAGAUCUGUUAUAACAGCUGUAAUACAGCCUUAUCGUACUGCUACUUUAUACACACGAGUCACGAUUCAUAAUGCACUGUUUGCUGCAUUUCACUUAAUUUCCUGUGCACAAGUCUUAACACAGUUCUAUAGCUAUUAUUGAUACUUUGUAUCAUGCCAGCCAUACGAACAACAUGUAUUCAACUACAAAAAAUUACACGCAGUACAAAGACGUGGUUUUUCUUGUUAUAUGAGGAUGGUUUGUCAUAAUAUAAGGACGGUUUUAUUAUCCUAGUUGCAAGGACGGUUUAUCCUAGUUAUAAGGACGGUUUAUCCUAGUUAAAAUGAUUGAGAUGUUCAUAUAUAAACCGACCUCACCAGAACCCAACUAGAAAGGUUAUGCUGUAGCAAAUUAAAUGUUUUCUUUGUGCAGAUGUAUAUUUUGUUACACUAUACACCAUACAUAUACCAUGGCUUACACACAGCUUUAUCUUACUUUCCUUAAAUUCAAGCCACACAUGGCUGUGUAUUUACUAAGAACUAUGGUGCUAUUGUGACUUGUGAGUCGAAUAACUCGAAAAACUGCAUCUGCGUCGCAUCACGAGCUAUGUAUAAUAAGAUUACUCAGUUAUUUUUCAUUAAUCUCGCUGGGGAAAAUCCCGCACUUUUGGAGUGUCAUAUAACCAAUUUGCGCAAUAGUUUUACCCUACACAUAUCAUAUACACGGCGUAUAUAUAUAAACACGUCAUUUUAGUUGACCUGCAUCUGGGAACGAAGGCGGACUUAUGGCCUCAUUAAUAUCAUUAUCGAGAC